AUGGCGUCGUACGUGGCUGCCGAAGAAGUCUCAGAAAAGAUGAAACGCAUUUUUAGAGAUAGAACAUCACAAUUGGAGUUAUUGACGGAAGGUGAACUCAUUUCAAGGUAUAGGUUGCCUCGGCAUGCCAUAUUCUCACUUUUGGAGAAAGUUCGGCCACACAUCGAACAUGGAACCAAGCGUUCACAUGCCAUUUCCCCUGAAACUCAGUUGCUGGUUACACUUCGUUACCUGAGUAAAGACGGUUUUUUAAUGGAAAUAGGUGAUCUACAUGGCGUUCACGAGUCCUCUGUGUCUCGCUCCGUCCAUCGGACAAUCCGUGCCAUAAACAACGUUCUGGACAUCAAGUUCAAUCCUGACGCAAAUAAAGUUAGAAUGCAAGACUUCUACAAAAUAGCUGAAUUCCCCUGUGUUAUUGGGGCAAUUGAUGGUACACUUAUUCCCAUUAAACGACCACCUGCAGACGAAGAAGUGGCCUACGUUUGUCGGAAAGGCUUCCACGCCAUAAAUGUUCAAGCCGUAUGUGACGCCAACUUGAGGUAA